AUGGUUUUGUCCAGCAUGGGGUGCCUUUUCCUGAGAAGAUUUUUCCGGCAUCUCUUCAUCUUCCUUUUUGCUACUUCUUCACUCAGCCUAGAAUUCACAGAAAAAUUAGCUGAAGAGCCAGAAAGCUACAGUGAUGCUGUUCCUCCGCUAUGGCAUUCUGCACCUGGAAAUUUAGAUGAAUACCCAGUAAAUGGCAACAACAUAUUAAUCAACCCGUGGAGCUACCCGCAGAGAUUAGGACUAUACAAAAUCCUGCUUAAAGCCACAUCUAACUUUUUCACUCCUCCUGGACCAAAUGAUGCUGACAACAAUGUCCCAGGAAGAUUGCCCCAGCAGCAUGGUUUGCAAUACAUUUCGAACAAAAAUAUCCUAUGGGGACUGGCCUUACAGCAUGGCUGGCAAUACUCUACAGGUAUGAACAAAUUCCCUUACAAUCUAAACUGUUAGGAAUGUGCUCUCUCUUCUUGGUUCAAAUGGCAGGAGAAAUAGGUUGAGACUUGUGACUUUGAAAAUGUAUUUCAGCGCUUUUUGCUAAGCUCUACAAUGCAAAAAUGGCGUUCUUCUUAGCCUCACUGCUUUUUGUUUGUAAAAAAAUGAGGUCCAGUGCUCAAACAUCGUAUGUAUGGACACAAUAGGGAAGUGGGUGCCUUCUAUAUAUACAGACGAAAGGGCCAAUUAGCUUAGCUCACCUCACUUUAUUGAGGAUAGCCAAAGAAAAUGUUGAAAAAAGAUCCUCCAACUACAGGCAUAACCAAAGCAGGCUGCUCAUAUCACAGAGUCACAGCACUGCCGCCCACUUCCUGCUCAUUAUUAUCAUCCCAAUUCUUAACAAUUUCCCCACAAAAUUUGUUCUGCAGCCCAAGCAAGGAAUACAUCUUUUCUGUAGCACAUACUUCCUUUCCAUUUCCACCUUACAUGUACAGUGGUACCUCGGGUUACAUACGCUUCAGGUUACAUAUGCUUCAAGUUACAGACUCCGCUAACCCAGAAAUAGUGCUUCAGGUUAAGAACUUUGCUUCAGGAUGAGAACACAAAUCGUGCUCUGGCAGCGCAGCAGCAGCAGGAGGCCCCAUUAGCUCAAGUGGUGCUUCAGGUUAAGAACAGUUUCAGGUUAAGAACAGACCUCCGGAACGAAUUAAGUUCUAAACCCAAGGUACCACAGAUUACAAUCGUGGGAAUAGACUUCUGACCUUGCAGGACAAUGUAUUCAGAAGCUCUGUUGCGUGCUUUCUGUAAAACAAAUGCACUACUGGAACAGCUACAUGAGAAGACGGACUUGAUGACUGAUGCGAUCAGAAAUUUUGAACAGGCAGUGGGAAAUUAUAUGGAGCCCACCCAGGAAUUAAAUCAGGAGUGUACCCUGACAGAACAGAUGAGGGAAGAGGAUGUUGCUGAAUCUUGGGCGCCAGAGAUGAAGGGAGCUGUGGUCCAGCAGGAACAUGAGCUUUUGGACUUGACAAAUGAACUUGGAAAAAGCCAGAUUUGGAAAGAUAAAGUUUGGUUUGGUUUGGUUUGGAAAUGGGGGGUUGGAUAGACCCCCCUAUGCAGGGAUGUUUGGACUUUUCAAGUCUGGCAAUGGGCCGUGAGAUGUUUGGGGUUGUGGGGGCUCUUAAUUUUGGAGGGAUUUUGAAAUAUGUUCUUAAAUACCACAUGGAGUUUAGUGUGGACUAUGGAAAAGGGGCUGAUUUGUCGAGAAGGGUCAAAAACAUUGUCAAGCUGGAGUUCCCACGAGUGAAAGGAGCAGGAGACAAAGGAAAAUACAGUUAUAAAUAUCAAGAAAAGCUGCGGAAGGGACAUGGAAGAGACUUAAAGGCCUCGGAUACAAGGUUACCAGGUUAAUGCGCUAGAUCGAUGGGAUAAUAAGAACUGACAAAACCCGGGACCAGGAGGAAGGGACGCUGGAUGAAGAUUGGAUUGUUUUUAUUUCUUUUUUUUUACUAUUAGGAUUGCUGUAUAAAAUUGAUGAAUGUUAGAAAAAUGUUGGAACGAAAUUACUUGGCUUUAGCAAAAAUGUUUAAAGAAUUAUGUAAGAAUAUUAUGGUUAUGAGAAGUUGGUAAAAACAAGAUUUAAGUUUUAAGCUUUAAGGUUCUUUAUAGUAAGAUAAGAUUAAAAUAGAUUAAGGUAAUGUAAUUACAGAAUAUUAUGAAAUAUGGAAAGGAUUUGCUGCGACAAUUAACAACUAGGAUACAAAAAAGGGAGGAGGAGGAGGUCAAAGAAAGAAGGUAAUGACAGUUGAGGAUUUGAGAAUGAUGGAUUUGUUUUUGAGUGUUUGUGGUGUAUUUUUGUUUUUUGAAUUUGUAUUGUUUGAUGUGAUUUGUUUUUUUUUUGUUUUUUCUUUCUCUUUUUCUGCUUUGUUCUCUUUUGUAAUUCUAAAAAUUUUCAAUAAAUAUCAUUUAAAAAAAAAAAAAGAACUUUGCUUCAGGAUGAGAACAGAAAUUGUGCUCCGGGGGCACGGCGGUAGCAGGAGGCCCCAUUAGCUAAAGUGGUGCUUCAGGUUAAGAACAGUUUCAGGUUAAGUACGGACCUCUGGAACAAAUUAAGUACUUAACUCGAGGUACCACUGUAUUAACAGUACAAUGCUACGCAUGCUUAUUCAGUAGCAAGCUCCACUAAGUCCUUGCAUAAAGUGAUGGGUAUGUGAUGUGGCUCUUUAAAAAGGGGGGUGGGGUACUCUGCAUCACUGAGUGUCACUAGAAAUAAACACUGCCUGUUCUCAUAUUUUCCAUGUACAGUGGUACCUCGGGUUAAGUACAUAAUUCGUUCUGGAGGUCUGUUCUUAACCUGAAACUGUUCUUAACCUGAAGCACCACUUCAGCUAAUGGGGCCUCCUGCUGCUGCCUUGCAAAUGUUCCUAUGGUCAUUACACACACCCUGCUCAAAAAAUCUCAAAAAUUUCACAGUGGGCCUACAGUUGCAGUCUUAUAACCACCUACCUGUGGCUAAACCCGGCUGAACUCAGCCAAACUUAUUUCUGAGUAGAUAUGAAAUGUAAGGUGUAUUUGCAGAGAACUGUUAGGUGUGGCAAAAUUAAAAGUUAUUAUGAUUGAUUUUGUGUAGGCUUUCGAUAUGGUGGCUGGGUGGAAAUGAGGACAUGACUCCUGUUGCCUUGAGCAGGGAAUUUCAGCAGCUGCAGUUGAUAAGCUGCACCUGAUGAAAUUCCCUCUUCUACACUGCCCUCAUUUUCAGCUGGCUACAGUAACAAUGGCUUAUGCAAGCCUUUCCAUAUGUUUUGGGCCAACUCCCAUCAGCCUCAGCCAACAUGGCCACUGGUUAGAGAUGAUUGGAGUCGCUGUUCAAGAAUACUUGGAGAGCAACAAACUGGGAAAUGGUGACAUAUAUAAAACCUUGUUGUGGCAGUUGCCAUCUUUUGGGAUCGGGUAGGAAUUUGUCCACCAGGCCAAUUGGCUCCAGCCUGGUGGUUUUGCCUACCUCAUAGCAAUCGUCACAACUCACCUAGUCAUUAAAAUGUUUGUGGUAGGAUGUAAACAUCAUUAAAUGUAAUGUAAUACUGUAAUUGAUUUUCUUCUAGGCAGACUAGAAGAUCCAACCAACAUCACAAGAUGCGGCAAGAAAGAUGGAAAUAAUCUGUACAUAUCAGAGCGCAGCUGGUGGGCGUGUAGGUAUUUUCAUCCAUGAAGAUUUUCAUAAUACCAGAGUACUACCCACACAGUAAUUUGUAGGGCCUAAAUGUGCAGAGCAUGGAUUGGACCUUUAUUGCUUAUAGUAUUUAUUCUCUCUGUGUUACCCAUACAUUUAUCCAGUGCUUUUUUUUUCUAAAAAAAAUGUUUAGGGGUACUCUCAUUUUCCUACUCAUAUUGAAAUACUGCCCCUCAAUGAGGCCAAACUUAGAUUCACAAAAUGUUUAGGGGUAUGUGUACCCCUGCGUACCCCCAGAAAAAAGCACUGCAUGGGUGAAUGAGGCCUCCUGCCUCUGAAAUCCUGUGGCUGCAAUCCCAGAACCACAUAUUUGGGAGUUAGACCAUUGAACAAAUUGGGACUCAAGGCCAAACUAGAUGUGAGACUAUUCAUACAAGUAGCGGCUGCAUGAAUUCCUUAUUUUAAAUAUACUGCAGAAGUCAGGACCCAAUUCAGAUUGAAAACCUUGCACAGGAGUAGACAAAGCCCAUGAGGUGACGUAAGACAGUCACCACAGACGGUAGAUCCCGCCUCUGAAAAGCAUGCUGCUCCCCACCACGACUGCCCGUUUUUACUCCCCUGCCAACUUUAGCAAGAGGGGCUGCAGAGGAAGAGGUAGCAGCAGCAGGGGGCGCUGUGGAAGAGGAGGUAGUGAGGGAUGGCAUUUUCUGCUUUGUCUAAAGCAGCCAAAUGCCCUAGGCCAGUCCUGGGAGGAGAUGUGCUUUAUGUCUUUGCUGCCUGCUAUGCUACUAAUCCAGAUUGGGAGACGUGCUAAUUGCAUUUCGGGGGGGGGGGGACUCCCAGUCAUGUAAAUAGCAAGCUGAGGUGGCCUAGUUUACUUUUUAAAAAGCCAUUCACCCAGUUGUUAAAUCGUGUAAUUGAUGUAAGUUUUGCCUGAUGCUGCAUGGAAGUGUGCCUUCCAUCUACCAGAACUUCCAAUAAUUUGAAUGUUUUCCCAUAUCACCAGAUGUUCUGCUAAACCAAUAUUGCUGCUGUCCAUUACUGCAGGUAUGAAUUACUACCUAGCAAUUGUACCCUUUCUGGGAGCACUGGAAAGUGGCAUUUUUGGAGACUUGGCAGACAAGGUAGAAAUACUACCACCGGAUGACCAAAGAGCUGACUUCUGUCACAGUGUUGCAGAAUGCAAUGCCCAGGCACCAAAAGCCAUGGCUGGCUGGAGAGAUUUCUUCAAGGUACUGUAGCUGUUUUUCUGACAAGACGGAUAGUAGGGUGGGUUUUUUUUGCACCAGAACCAUAUAUUUAAAGAUAGCAAUCAAGUAGCGCCUUCUGUUUUUCAGUUUCAACAAUAGGUUAUUGUUUCCUUGUUUUCCCACUUCAAAAUAAUCUCUGCUCACCUACUUUAUUAGACAAUUUAGGACAUUUUAAAUGGUUAAAGAAAAUAAUUAUGUUUCAGAACCUGUCUAAAUUAAUGCCACCAGCAAAAUACUGCAAGAUGUUGGGAUGAUUUGUAGUGUGAGUAAGAAAGAGAACAUGAAAUGUUCUGGGAGAUUUUUGAAGGAACAGGGACAAUCCAUUUCUGACACAAUUCUGUGGGUAUUGCACUGCCAUCAAUGACAUGAUAUUUUAGAAUAGCCGCUCAGCUAAUGAGAAUUCUAGUUAUGGCUACAAUCUUAUACCUGGGAGUAAAUCCUAUUGAAGCCAGCGAGGCAGGUAUAAGAUUGCAAUGUAAAGGAUGAUACAGUAUUUAUGAACAAAAGCUCCAUAUGGUCAUGCAAGUGCUAUGAUUUGGAAGGGCUGGGAAAAGAGAGAUAGAUUUACAAUCUUCAGUUACUUCCCUUUUUAAAAACAAAAACAAAAACUUCAUUUCCAAGAAAUCUGAAUACAGUGGUGCCCCGCAAGACGAAUGCCUCGCAAGACGGAAAACCCGCUAGACGAAAGGGUUUUCCAUUUUUGAGUUGCUUCGCAGGACGAAUUUCCCUAUGGGCUUGCUUCGCAAGACGAAAAUGUCUUGCAAGUCUUGAGAGUUUUUUCGCUUUCCCCCUUUAUCUAAUCUGCUAAGCCUUUAAUAGCCUUUAAUAGCCUUUUAGCAGCUAAUCCCUAAGCCUUUAAGCCUUUAAUAGCCGCUAAACCGCUAAUAGCGCUAAUCCGUUAAGCCGCUAAUAGGGUUGCUUCGCAAGACGAAAAAACCGCUAGACGAAGACUCUCGCGGAACGGAUUAAUUUCGUCUUGCGAGGCACCACUGUAAGGGGAAAGUUCACACACAUCUGUAGCAGAACAAACCAAUCAGUUUUUAAUUAAGGAUGCAGGAAGAUGCCUUAUAGCAGGCUUCCUCAAACUCGGCCCUCCAGAUGUUUUUGGCCUACAACUCCUAUGAUCCCUAGCUAGCAGGACCAGUGGUCAGGGGCGAUGGGAAUUGUAGUCUCAAAAUAUCUGGAGGGCUGAGUUUGAGGAAGCCCGCCUUAUAGUCAGACCAUCUAGCUCAGUAUUGUUGCCAUUGACUGGCCGUGGUUCACCAGGAUUUUGAACACAGGGCAUCCCCUCCCCAUCUGGUGAUGCCAGGGAUUUGACCUGGGACCUUCUGCAUGAAAAAAUAGAUGCUGUUCCAUCCCCUCCCCCAUUCACUUUUUGGGGGCUACUUUGGAAGGUGACUCAGAAACUACAACUAAUCCAGAAUGCGGCAGCUAGACUGGUGACUGGGAGCGGCUGCCAAGACCAUAUAACACCGGUCCUGAAAGACCUACAUUGGCUCCCAGUACAUUUCUGAGCACAAUUCAAAGUGUUGGUGCUGACCUUUAAACCCUAAACAGCCUCGGCCCAGUAUACCUGACGGAGCGUCUCCACCCCCAUCAUUCAGCCUGGACACUGAGGUCCAGCACCGAGGGCCUUCUAGCGGUUCUCUCACUGCAAGAAGUGAGGUUACGGGGGGGCCGCUAGGGGCGCCUUGGAAGAUGGCGGAUAUUAAUAUCUAUCCAGCUCGCACAAGGUAAUUAGAGGCUGAUUAUGGGGAGUAAAUCAGUCUCCCUCAUCUCUCCAGGGGGGAGAGAUGCAGUUUUCACCCGCUGUUGCCGUAAAUCACCCCCGAGAUCGGAAGAAGGAGGGGGUGAGGCACUGGGUGCACAACCCUCGGCGGGCCUCGGAACUCCUCCGAAGCUGCUUCCAGGUGCGAAACUAGUUGCGUUACUUAAAAGGAAAAAAAUUGGUGAAAGAUAACGUACAUGCUUCAAGAGAGGCAAGAGGUUUUUAUCUGCUAACAAUUUUACCACUGAAAUGAAGAAGACUGAGACAGAAGAUUACAUCAAAGUACUACAGACAUGGUAUGUGGAAUGGAAUGCAACGGAACUGAAAGGGGGGGUGACUUUUUAUUUCUUUUGCUUUAUGUGAUUAACUAAUAACCCUCCCUCUUAGAAGAUCCAUCACAGCAAUUAAUUGGCAAAUGGGACUAAAAAUGAACUGUGUGGGAAUAAUAUGAACUUAAUAUGAACUUAAAUAUUUUACUCUGUGAAGGAUUUGGAAAGAAGAAGGGCUCUCUCUGUGACGCAGUAAGAAUGGAGAUUUGAUAUGAGACCUGUGUUGCAGGAGGUUUGGUCUUGGGGAGGGCGAGCCGAAGAUUUAUUAUUUUCGUUGAGAUUGCGAACUGGAAGGGGCAGCCCUCCAGGAAAAAGACUAAUUUACGAUGCAACAGGUCGGGAAAGUUAAAGAGCGAGCUUUUAGACUGUAUUUCAUCGGAACGACAAAAUGGCGAUUGCUUGCUCGAGGGGACAUGCCUGGACUAUUGGAUGAGAGUGAUUUACGAGAGAGCAGUACAAAGUCCACACAGAAACACAAAUAAGACUGUUUUUUUCAACCCACUUGUGGAGCAACUCGGAGGUGAAUGAAAAGGAAAAUGAGUAACGACAAGGAUUGAGAAGAGGGACUGGAAAUAUCAUUCUUAAUAUGAAAGCAGAACAAAUAUUCAAGGAUUGGACUCCUGCCGAUCAAGAAGCAUGGGUACCCCCCACAAAAAUUUAUAAUUUGGAAAAGAAUUUGGAUUACAUGAUUUGUAUUGUUAUAAUUUGGAUUAAUUGGUUUGAUGUGUUUAAUUUGGUAAUAUGAAACUUAAUAAAAAUUAUUUUUUAAAAAAGAAGUGAGGUUACAGGGAACCAGGAAGAGGGCCUUCUCGAUAAUGGCGCCUGCCCUGUGAAACGCCCUCCCAUCAGAUGUCAAGGAAAUAAACAAAUAUCUGACUUUUAGAAGACAUCUGAGGGCAGCCCUGUUUAGGGAAGUUUUUAAUGUUUGAUGUUUUAUUGUGUUUUUAAUAUUCUGCUGGGAGUCGCCCAGAGUGGUUGGCGAAACCCAGCCAGAUGGGCGUGGUAUAAAUAAAUAAAUAAUAAGUUUAUUAUUAUUAUUUUAUUAUCCUAAUGGAGUGUGUGUGUGUGCGUAUGUGCAUAUGGCAUCUUCUCUUCUAGUAUCUCUCAUCCACUGCACUGAGCUCUGAAGCACCUGAAGCACAAGAAGCAGCACUGAACUACAUGUGGAACGCUCACGUUCAUAGCCUGGCUUAUGGAAGGCGAAAGUUUAAAAACCGGUAAGAGAAAACUACCAGAGGUACAAAAGGUUUUUCGCAGGUUCCCUAUGAUGUACACUCACGGGUCACUUACAGGUGUGAGAAACAAUCUUUGUUUCCCAGCAGUCAUAUGCAGUGCUGUUUUGGAAGGAAGGAAAGAUACCUGUAAUCUUAUUUUGAUAUAGGUGCUGUGGGUGCCAGCACAAAAUAACUGCCAUGGGUGGAGUGGGGGGAACCACAGGUGCCAAUACUCCAUACCUGUGAAUAUCAUCACGAAAAGCACUGGUCAAUUUAAAACAUUUCUGUUUAUUCAGGAUAUAGCUUGAGGAGUGCAUCAACCUAGGACUGACUGCUGGCUGUUGCGUUCUACAUUUUAUCCUGUAUAUUUGCCCUAAGUUUCUAAUUUGUGUUUGAUUGUGUAUGUAUUCUUGAACGUUUUUGCAUUCUGUGUCUCUUUGGGAAGAAAAGUCUCUUAAUAAAUAAAUAAGUUCUUCCAACAGGACGAUGUGUUGUCAAAGAGUGAUGCAGCUCCUGGUAAUGUGCAAUUAAUUAAUCAAAAUCCAAUAAUCUAUUCUUACUUAGAUCACAUUAGAAGCUAUUUAACCUGUUGAUAGCAGAAUGAAUAUUUUAGUGGGGUGGGCUACAAUCUGUCCUUUCUUUAGCAUUAAUAAUUGGCACUGAAUGAAUUUUGUUUACUAUACAGUGGUACCUCGGGUUACAUGCGCUUCAAGUUACAUACGCUUCAGGUUACAGACUCCACUGACCCAGAAAUAGUGCUUCAGGUUAAUAACUUUGCUUCAGGAUGAGAAGAGAAAUCGUGCUCUGGCAGUGCAGCAGCAGCAGGAGGCCCCAUUAGCUAAAGUGGUGCUUCAGGUUAAGAACAGUUUCAGGUUAAGAACAGACCUCCGGAACGAAUUAAGUUCUUAACCCAAGGUACCACUGUAUUGUGUUUUUCUUUUCAUUACCUUGUUUUUAAUUGAUUUUAGCUGUUUUUGUAUUUUGUGGUGUUUGAGAUUUUUUUUUAUGAAGCAGCAAAUUAACAAAUAACAGCAGCCUCAUAUCUGGCAUUGCUCAGAACUGCUAAAACAACAACAGUGCUGUUCUGAAAUCAGUGGUUAAAAUCAAUGCAGUUUUGAAAGUCCUGCGUCUUGAUUCAAAAUGAUGCCCACUUGUAUCCAAACAUGGACAAAAGCCUACUCCUUGAUCUCAGGAACCAUUAUGAUAAUUGGUUACAAUAUCUUAAGAGGUGUCCACUUGCAUAGUGUACAAACAGCUUCCAAAAUAUACAGUAUAACAACAACAACAACAACAACAACAACAACGGAGUUUAAACUGAUUACCUCACUUUCCUCUUCUCGCUUCAUAUUUCAGAUUGCCAUACCUUAGUGGUCCUGAAAGCAAUUUUGGGGAGGACUGGGCGGCUACUGUUGAUUUCAUUGCAGCCACACAUUUUCAUACAGACCAGGAGACCACCAAUCGUUUGCAGACUGGCUUACCACCAAGAAUGCUUUUGGAAGGAGAGAAAGCCCCUUUCAUUGCAGACUUCACACCUGAGCAGAAUAAAGUGCUGUUUCUACUUGGUGCUCUGAGUAGAGUCAAUGAGAAAACAGGUAGGUGUUUGGACAACCACACAGUACACAACUAGAAUUGAAGCUCUGGGGCCGGUAGGAGGCUGGAGGAUGCACAGGAAAGUGGUAGCUGCUUCUGCACUACCCCACACAUCAGCUGUUAGGCUGAGCAGCCCAAACAAAGUCUGCUGCGCCUCCAGUCUCUGCCUUCACCAACAUCCUCUUCAGACUCCAGGGAGGGUCUCCUCAUGAGCCAUGAAGACUCUCCAGCUUUCGCUUACCAUUUUUGAGGUUGAAUCAAAAUAUUUAUUUCCCAGCACCACACAUAUACACGCAGUUGUAUAUGUUCAUGUAACAUAAAUACUAGGGUUGCCUCCGGUUUUUCUUCUGCGUGCAGUUUCUUCCUCCUGCCUUCAGUGUCUGGCAGAUGUUGUUGCAACCCUUUUCCAUCACAUGCAGGUUCUUUAAAGUCAAUUAAAGAUCUAGUUAAACAGUGAACCUCUGCUUCUUAAUGGCGGUAUAGGAGGGUUUUCACCAGGUGAGGUGCUUUUGCACUCAGCGCCUCCCUGCCUCCCAUGCCCAAACAAGAGCCAGGUACUGAGAUGAACUGUGAGUGAAGUCCAUUCCCCCUGUCCCUGGUGGGAAUUUGCAAGGAUGAUUUAUCCUCUGUUAUCCUUGUUUUUCAUUUGCCAACAAUCCCCCGCUGUUGUGGGGGCUGCCUCCGUUAAGGAAGGCAAGACUGGAAGCCAAAAAUAAACUUCAUUGUAUUCCCAAAAAUAAAUGACACAGAAGAAGGGAAACCUGUAAAGGAGGUGAUUCAUUUUCAGAGGGAAAUACGCAUUUCACCAAGCUGAGGUUGCAUGCUUUUUCUGCUUUAUAAUGGUCUUUUGCUCCACAUCUCCACACAGCUGUUCAGAUCGCUAUAAAAUUGGCGUUGCAUGGCACCAUCUUGUGGCAUUAAUGAGAAAAAAGCAACUUUUUGCUUUUUAUAUUUAUUUUAUUUUUACACUCAUAUCCGCUUUUCCUUCAGUGAGUAAAGCAGAUUAGGCUGAGACACGAUGACUAACCUAGUUAAUGUCAUGGCCGUGGAGAGAUUUGAACUCUGAUCUGCAAGGUCCUGUUCCUGAAAAUCCUACCUGAUAGAUAGCUCAAAGCCUUCCAUCUCAGAUCAAAAGCAAAAUAUAAUAGGAUGGGAAGAUACUUGAGUGCUAUGGAUGAACAAACAAACAAACAGCAUGGUCCAGGACCAGUAUCUUCAAGCCAUUCAGUGCCUGCAUAAACAUUUCAUUUCAUUAAACUUUUAAUUUGUAUGCCACCUUUCUAUCUUAACUAUACACAGUGCAUUUGGGGGGGGGCAGGGGUAUGCAUACCCCUAUACAUUUUGUGAAUCUAAGUUUGGCCUCAUUGAGGGGCAGUAUUUCAAUAUGAGUAGGAAAAUGAGAGUACCCCUAAACAUUUUUAGAAAAAAAGCACUGACUAUACACAAUGCAGUUUACAAGCUGACGAAACAACAAAAUGUACAACAAAGAUCAUGCACCUUAUAACAAUCUGAUCCAACACAAAAAGUCAUAAUAACAACAUAACUUUAAAACAAACAAAAUAAUGUAAUAUUCAAUAAUCUAUUAGAAUAUAACAGCACACAAUAAAAUUAGCUCUCAAAAUACCAGCAUGUAAGAAUUAAACAGAAAUUCACACUUAACAAUUUGUUGAACUGGAAAGUGGAAGAUAAAUCCUCACAUAAAUAAAUAAAACCUUUCUUUUACAGGAAACCUUUUGCUGCUGAUUUGGAAGGCUGCCAUGGCUACCGAAGGAGGAAGAGAAAUUGGCCGCAAACUUAUUGAAAGUGUGAUUUAG